UAAUACCCGCGACGUUGUCAUAUUGAGGUAACAGCUUCAACGGUCCUACCCAUCGGGUAUUGACGUUGUACGGUUGGCUUCCCAUUCAGUGUCUUAUACCACGCAGAAUACCCACGAACAUUACGCCGAUUGUGACAUUUGUUGCGAAGCCGGCCGCCACGUAUCGCGCGAUUCGUACGAGCAGAACGGACCCCAUAAAAGCACGAGAGAAUACCCCUUUCUGCAAAGCAGAUCAGAUCCUGCAAGGCACAUGAUAGAUCUUAGACCGCAUUGCUACCGUUGGGAAUAUCAAGACCAUGGAAAGCAUAUAACCCGUCCGGCCUCUAACGACACAUCUAGUAUAUAAUACCAGAAGGUCCCUCGUUCAUCUCGAUCAACUCUCGAACAGCUCACCCAUCUACCAAGCCCAGCCUGAGCCCUUUGGCUUGAUAGGCACUCCGUAUAGUAUCCGUGGUCCAUCAGAUUACCCCCCACACAAGCCAUGCUCGCUCCGUAUCCCGUACGACUACGAUCAUCUUCGAAUCCACCUUGCCCGCGACCUCUCAACGUCGAGACCACAACUAGACCAACUAAUCAGCACAAGGAUACACCGCAUACAACCACCGCUACGAGUCCUCGCUCGCCAAAAUUCAAGGUGAACCCGCUGGCGGCGUUUGCCUCACCUACAUCUUCGCAAACAUCCCGGAGAUUCUUUCGAAUAAGGAGACCUUCUAGUUCAAGUUCGUCACUCUUGCCCAAAUCAUCAUCUGCUUUCUUCGAACGACAUGAAGCCCCAGCGCCACCCCGACCUUCCCGCAAUCCAGCUAGACAACGCCCGCAGUCCUCGUCAGGCGUGCCAUUAGAUUCAGAGAAGUUACAUUUCUUUUCACCACAACAAUCUAUUCCGCCUCCAGUACACUACGUCAAGAUACCUCUCGAAGGAGCAGGAUCGAUAACAUUCCCUAUGCCUCCUUCGGACGCUGGUAUCCUACGACGGAGAUCUCGGCGAAAACCUCCACUCACAGUGACAACCAGCAUCUCGACACCAGAAUCGACUGAGCCUGGGUUUCAAUUCUCUACCGCUGAUCGGACAAUCCUCGAAGAACUGAAGUCGAAGAUGAAAGCGCGAGACUCACAGUUUCAGCUUCGAUGCGGGAAGAAACAUCACAUUUACCCUGCCUCUGAGGUACCAUACCCUAUCAAUUAUGAGAGGGAUGUCCUGGACAAUGACAUAUGGGAAACCAGAUGGAAUCAGCAAGUAUGCGGCAGCGUCACCUGGCAUGACUUCGAGGAACCACCCUCAAGAGUAUUAGACCUCGGUUGCGGCGUGGGGACAUGGAUCCUUGAUUGUGCUAGACUGUGGAAGGACACACACUUUGUUGGUCUGGAUAUCGUGCCGAUACAACCUGACCUUCAGCAAGUUGGGUCGUCGCAGUUGGCAUCAAGAGUUACUUGGGUGCAAGCCAAUUUUUUGGAAGGUCUGCCAUUUCAGGAUGAAGAAUUUGAUUAUGUCCAUAUCAAACGAAUUGCCAGAGGCGUUCCUGAAGAUAAGUGGGACGCGUUGCUUGAGGAAAUAUCUCGAGUCAUGAAACCAAGCGGGAGGAUAGAGAUCAUAGAGGAAGACCUAUACCUCCCAGGUCGCCUACGUGAUUCUCAAGAUUCACUUCCACCUCGAACUUACAGCCCUCCACCUAGCAUCGUCAGACCGCGCGCACCCACACCGGCCUCAUCCUUUCGACCCAUGUCUAUUAACCUCGGACGCUUGUCUGAUGUGGCCCCGCGACCUUCAGUACCGCUUCGGAGAAGUACAGAACCACUUCCAGCAUUACUUUCGCGUCGACCAACCGAUGAUGCUGAGUUGGCACUGGACAUUGCGCCUAUCAAGACUGAGACGUCUACCAAACCUCGUCUUUAUGGAGACUUCAAACCUCCAGUAAACCCUCGUGAUCACAGUCUUUUGGACUUCAUCUAUACCGAAAUGCAUUCUGCCAGAUUUGUCAACAUGCAGCCGUUGUCGUUACUCGCGAACUCUUUCUCGAUCUACUUCAAAGAUGUGCGGACCCAUCCACCUCUCAUAGCGAGCUUCCCGCCACGUCCCUCGCAGCUUAAUCGAAGUCCGAGUACCCCAGCAACACCAUCGCUCGAGUCCGAUGCUGACUCUGACACGGAAUAUGGGUCCCCUCCUUCUAGCAAGUGCCUCUCGAGAUCUUCAUCUGUACGCCGGGGGCCAAACUCUCCAGUCGAAUUGUUAUCACUCAAUAACCUCUUGGAGAAUUCCAACCCGUUCGUAACUCUCGAUGAGUCUCGCUAUAAUGCAUUUUCUCCGUCCACCCGAUCAGCCUUCGGACCGAUCUUGUCGCGACGUCCUUCCCGCCUAGCAAAGGAGCCAUCUGUCAUUCAGGAGCAGCAAUUUCCGCGUCGUAUUCCCUCUUCCACUGACAUGAAGAUCAACCGCUUGCCCAACAAAAAGCUGGAUAUCCAUGUGGGAUCUUUGAACCUACACCUUUCACUUCGUGUACAUGAAGUAUUAGCUUGUUCAGAGGCAAUGUGGGACUACGUUCUUGACUAUCAACGCAAACACCGGAAACAGACCAGGUCGAAUGAUCCAUCAAAGCUGCGGAAGAAACCUCAAGAACAACGUGCUGCUGAGCCUUUCCACACUACGUUGAUGAAGAUGACACGGUGGAAGUUCAAUACUAUGCUGGAAUGGUUUGAAUUCGAUAUGCGUGACCAUAUCGGUCUCGCACCAGCCGUUCGCACCCAAUUAGGUUGGGCUAUGCCCGUACCCAUGAACACUCGUGACAAGUCCUCACGACACGAGUUUGACAAACUCUGUCGUGAGUGGGCUCAAUACCAAAACGAUCCCGUGGCGUACUUCGCCUCUCUCCAACCUCCAGCAUCAGAUAAUGGCGGAAUAAGCAGUAGUGAUGACGAUGUCAUUGCUCGCACCCUCGGGAUACAUGGAGGCAGGUCUUCUAAUGAGAGAGAAAGGACUAAGCGGUCAAGGGGGAGUUCGACAACCGAGCAGCGAGUGGAUUGGGAACCGGAAGUUCCUCCUACAGAAAGGCUGAGCCGGACUUUACGAGUCUUGGUCGCUUGGAAAGCGUAAUGGCGUCCCCCAAAAAUCUGCCUCUGCUGUUCUGUCCGGAUGCGGAAAGAAAAACGAGGCGAUUGUAGUUUUACUGCAAUGCCGAGGCUCGUUGCGUUCAUACCCGAUGUCUUGCUGGAUCGCGGGAAGAAUCAAAGCUAAAGGGUUGUUGGCCGACCUUCUCGGAUUCCAUUUUCGGUUGGAAGUCGUGGACGUACGGCCAGUCAACCUCCACCUAAGAGUCUCUUUCCUUUCCUUUCCUGCUUUGACGACACGAGCCUCGGAUUCGCAGGAAGGCAAUCGAUAAGGGCAUUCCAUUCCUGUCUUUUGAUCGGAUUGGGACGAUGCGUUUGAUCAUGAGGUGGAACGUCAUCGCUCUAUGGGUUCCCAUUUCCGUUUCCCGCAUCGUUUAAGGCUGCUUGUCCCACCUGCUUCGUUGCGUAACAGUGCCAUGCAUUCGUGUUGCUGCAUUUCUUUUCGGUACCGAGGUGGAAGAAACUUCACAUGCGCAGUUCUCAUUUCUCACUCACUUCCCACAUGUUACACAUACUAUAUGGUUUUCCUGGUUUCCAUGGAUUAUCAUCGAUGGAACGUUUGAUUUUGACUUUUUAGCUUCUGACUUUAUUUAUCGCGAAGUCUUUCUCCAUUUAUUUUCAUAUGUGCACUCUCAUACUAUCUAUCUCGUCUCUAUUACCUCCAUUUCUGGACAUUGUUGCUAGUGUAACAUUCAACAUUCAUCCUAUCCUACCAUUUUGUUGUUUGUUGUACAUACCAUUGUUCGUAUAUCCUGCUUGUAUCUACCAUGCGAUGGUAAUUUAAUAGCUCAUCUUCAUGUUCAGGU